AUUGAUUGCUGGCUUAGUGCGUUGAUUUUUUGCGGAUGGCGUGCAUACAUACGUUUAUAUGUAUACCUUGACGAAAAAAAAAAUAAAAAAUAAAAUAUUUACAUAUAUUUGAUGUGAUAGUUGAGAAUUAUGCCAAUAGCAUAAACGCGAAUGCACGAAAUACAUAAAUGUUCUUCGAAAUAAGUUUCCAAAUCAUAUAAAGUACGCCUUCAGGAACUGGAGUUGUGAAUGGAAAAAUAUCUCGACAUAUCUAUCGUUUAAUAUAUUUUUACAACGCUUUUUUUUUAUUUGUUUCUUCACAAACGUUUGCAAGCAGAACAAACGGUGGCGUUGACUAAAAACCGGCUUUCUCGGAUAAAUAGCCUAUCUUGUUCGAAAAAAAUUCUUAUUGAUCGUGUUAAAUAUGUUAAAUGCAGUAGCGAAUAAAAAUAUCUUAUCAUAUACACAUUUUGAAAAUAAGUUCGCUAACGUAUCAACCGAAGUCACUGACAGAAAAAGUAUGAUCAAAUUGCAUAAAUUAGAGCUGCGAAACGCCAUCGUACCUACUGUAAUGAUUAAGUGAUCUGGAUUGCGUUUAAUUUUGAAGGUCGCUGCAAGCUUGAAAAAAUAUCACAAAAAAUCACAUACAUACUACCUAUGACUGUGUGUAUAUAUAGAACUAUGCAGAUGCCUAAAAGAUGGCCAAAUCACGAAAUGUCCUUUACGCUGCUGGAGUAACUUGUUUGGGAUUUUUGUGCUUUGCAUUAGCCUCGGCAGCAGUGGGAAUACCUAUUUGGGGUUAUUAUGACAGUCCGACAGGUGGCUAUGACUUCGAUCGGGGUUAUUUUGGCCCUUUUAAGGUUUGCAAGCAGUUAACAUAUAAUCGAGAAAAAUGUGGCAACGAUGUUUCGAAAUUUCGACUUUCCACUGCCGCCAAUGUAAGUGGGUUAUUAGCCAUAAUGAGCUCGGCGACUUUAGGAAUCUUCUGCAUUUUAUCAAUAAUACAAAUAGCGAUGAUAUCUUCUCGAGAAAAAGUUGUAAUGCGAUACACAACAUUGGUGAUAUUUAAGAUGAUCUUGGCGCUGAUUUCAUGUUUGUUGGCGACAAUUGCAACAAUAAUGUUCGCCCUGCAAAUCGAUGAGUCGGAAAAAUAUGGAUUUAGAAUAUCUCGUGGUAUAUCAUUUUAUUUGCAGAUUGUGGUUAUAGUUUUAACGAUUGGACUUUUUCUUGUUGCACUCUACGAUGUUCUUUUUUCACGCGCAGGCGGAGACCCCACUAUGAUUGUGGACGCAACAUCACCGGCCAGCGCAACGACAUAUAACAAUCCUGGCUACAAAGAACCACGCUCAAGAAAUGGAGUUUCUGUCACUGAUGCAUCUGGAAAGCCUUAUAGCAGUAUACGUAAUGGAGGUAGUGUGGCAUCCAUGUCUACUACUAUGACCAGCGUUUCAAACGGCUCGACAAUGGAAUCAGUAACACGUUCACCACUCCGUUCCAGCUUGAAGAAACCGCGUCCUCCUCGAGAUCCUGCGUUGGGUAUCCAAAAUCCGGGCUUCUCAGGAUCGGGUAGUUCACCGCCUAUGCAUCGCAGUAAUAGUGUAAAAAAGGUUCGAAUACAAACGCACAGUACAGAGGUGUGAGAACCGUUUAACAAAUAUAAUUUAAGGUAAAUGUUUUCUUGCUGUCAAAUAUUGAGGACUCUAGGGCAAAAAAAAAACCAUUGAGUUAUAAUUGAUCAAUGCACACAUGCGAAAAGACUGCGUAUAAAAAAUGCUUAGGUGUUUAAACUACAUAUACAUAAAAAAUAGUUUCAAACCAAUCAAAAACGUUAUAUGUACAUAAUUAUAAAAAAAAAAUUAUUCAAAGUAUAUCCAAUGGUUGAAAAAAAAAAUAGUUGAUAGCUGUAGUAUUUGGUCUUCCAUAUGGAAAUAAAAUGGCAAGUUUUUCUUUAACAACGUUAUAGCAGUGCAAAACAAUACUUACAAAGAUAUACUGUCUUAUUGCGCUCUAUUCUGAUGGAUGGAUUUUUUUUAUAAAUUUGGAAAUUAGUGCAAGAUUUUCAAUAAUAUAGACAUAUCAAAGCCUCGGACAUUGUUGGUCAUUCUUAACUACCAUAAGGGCAUCGAUCGAUGCAAAAACUUAUCGUUAUUUUUCUUUGCAUUGUAUACAUACAUACAUAUAUAUUUAGUUUGGCUUUUAUUAGCAAAUGAUAACAAAAAAUUGCACAUUUUCAUAUACAAUCGAGCCAGGAAAACUGAAUGUUAUUAUUCUAAUUAUUAAGAAAUAAAAUCCACUGAGGCUUUUAUUAAUAGGCUCACGAAGUCACCGAAACUGAAAUAAUCACGAUGAAAAUGCACAUUAAUUUUUUUUUUUUGUAAACAGAGACUUCAUUAAAGAAUUCCUUUGGUGCAUCGGCGAACUGAUAAAUUUAUUAUGACAUAAAAAAUUACUUGACUUCAAAAAUUAUAGAUAUACGAUGUAUUAUAUGCACUGAAACUGUUCCGUCCAUAUGUGCUUUUUUUAGCAGCGAUAGCAUAAACUAAGUUAUUAGUAGAAAAAACUUUUAUCUUUACUUCUCAAUAUAGUUGUAUGGUAUGAUAUACAUGCAUACGUACAUACAUACAUAUGUAUGCCCAUAAACGUAAAUGUCAGGGACCGUAAAUAGCAGUUAUCUUUUUCGAACAGUUAAACUUGGGCAGAUAUUUUUUAAGUUCGAAAUAAAAGUCUUUCCGGAUAGUAAACGAACCGCUUAUCCAAAUUAAACAAAUUUGGUACCAAUAAAUAGCUUAAAUAGCUUUUGAAUAGAAUUAACGAUACAAAAGAAAUACAUAUACCUGAUCCAAGGUUUGUUCCAUGAUAAUUAAAAGACAAUUUCAUUUAUAUAUUUCAAUAGCUGGCUUUCUGCUGGCUUUCCUCGUUUAAAUAUUUCACUUUUAAAGCUAUUUUGGUCCUCCUUCAGUUGAUACCAAACUUGUCUAAUUUGGAUAAGCGAUUUGUUUAUUAUUAGGAAAGGACUUCUAUUUUCGACUUAAAAAUAUCUGGCCAAGUUUAGCUGUUGAAAAAAAGUAACUGUUAUUUACGGUCCCUGGUAAAUAUACUGUUAAAACUUUUACUCAAGCGCACAACUUUCUUUCAUCUUAAAAAUUCUUUUAUUAUACUAUAUUCUUAAAACAAAAAUAGUAAAGAUGUUUGUAUGUACAUACAUAUGUAUGCCCAUUAAGAAUAAACCAGAGUAUAGUUUCAUUAUUUAAGUUUGCAAUAUUUACACAACAAUAAAUAUUUGUAUCUUAAUUACAAGAAUUGGAAACAUUGUGUAACCCUUAUAGUUGUUAUAUCAGCUCUAAGCAUUUUUUUCUUGUUAUUGAUGACCGUACGUUUUAUAAUACGCGUCGUUAUCGAAUAGUGUAUCUAUACAUUAAGGACUAAUAAGUAAAAUAUAUUUAAUAAUAUAUAUACACACACAA